AUGUCUUCAAUUUCUAUCUCUAGUGAGAUUAAUGUUAUUCCUUUGAGGAGUCAAGGUGCAAGUUCCUGUAUACUCCAUCUUUCGGUUCAGGAGGAAAGAGGUGCACCUGAAGCCACUUGCAGCUAUUACUUGUAUAGACGAGCCUGCCCGGUGAAACCUGAGAAUGUUGUGGAUGCUAGGAAGGACUUGAAGGAGAUGGUAAUAUCUCUAGCCUUCCCAUUUGGAGAGAGACUGAAAAGGGGGACUUCUUCUGUUGGCAUCUUUGCUUUCCUGCCAACGGCAAUGGUUACAAGUUUUCCAUUUAUAAUUCAGGCAGACUUCCUUCUUGCAUCUUCAAGGGAAGCAAUAGUAAUGGACAGUAAGUGGAACCUGGGAAUUCUUGGCCAUGUUCCUUCCUGCUUUGUUAGUGCGCUUAUUACUUGUAUGAAAUCUGCUGAAACUGCUGAGUUUUUUACUGGUGCUCGAGUGCUUGAAUUUUUGCCUGUGCAUAACUCUCCUUUCAAAGAGCUGAAUAGAGUGAGAGAGUCCAUCAGAGCCGUGUUGAUGUCAGAGUGCACUGCUCCUUAUGAGUCAUUCUGUAACAAGCAAAUGGUUUUUUGCGAGCCAACCAAAGCAAUAAGGAUCUUUCCAGAAUUUCGCAAGAUCCUGCUCCGCAUUAAGGGACAGAAUGUUUCUCUGAGUGGUAUUUCUUCCCAAGGGAAGUUUGUGCUACAUAAUUCUGUGGACCACCCAAAAUAUGAUGAGGUUUGGGAGUUUCUUGGAGUUCCAUCUGCGUCUGAUAGUUAUAGUUGGUAUGGAAAAUGCAUUACCGCAUGUAAGCUCAUGCUCCGGGCUUCUGCAGAUGUGUACAUGGAGCUUCUUUGCUUUCUGGCCACCAACUGGAAACGGUUUCCACAUUACAGUGUUAAUAGCAUACCUCUCCUGAAAUACAUUGCUUGGAAUGGGGAAACUUUAUCAUGUAGUGUUCUACAAAUCAUACGAGAAUCGUUAAAGGUUCAUCUUGUUUGGGACGCAGAAGAACAUGCCUGGUUAAAUAAAUGGAACUUAGAAAUGGGGUGCCCAAAUGAUAUGUAUUUCUGUCCUGAUGCAUUGAUAGCUUCUCUUCUGGGAGUUUGGAGAAAGUCUGCCUUGAAGAACUAUAUUGGAUCCAACUCCAUUUCCAGAAUUUUACAGUCUAUGCCAGUGGUUGACAAGUUUGGGAAUGUAACUCUUUGUACUAGGAUACUGGUGCCUGCUUCCAUGAGCACAUGGGUGAAGCUGUUUGGUUCCAGCAAUCCAUUUAUCAGGGAUUUUGCGAUGGAUAAUAGUGAAAUGAGAGAGAAACAAGAGCCUUUUGAAAUGAUGGAUAAGGAAGAUGAAGCAAAUUGUGCUGAAUAUAUUGAACUAGGAGAGGGUUAUGCUUCAGCUACUGAGUUUGCAGGGGAAUUGACACCACCAAGGGAACUAUCAAACUUCUUUGUACAGCAUGCCAAAGCUGUUGAUUUACCUCAUAUAGUACCUCCAGACAUGGCACUACAAGUAGCUUCCACUCACCUAACUAGAGAUCAGGCUAUAUUACUUCUGGACUGGAUCCGGAAUUUGAGAGCUAAAGAGUAUGCUUCCCAAACAGACAGAAGCCAGCUGAAGAAGUAUGAUAUGCCUGCAAGGUUCAUCAAAAGCAUACGUAGGGGGGAGUGGAUGAAGACGUACUCUGGCUUUAGUUCUCCAAUGCAGUGCUAUCUUUAUGAUAGAGCUGAGAAUUCUACUCUCUUGGAAAUAGGAAAAACUCUCAUGGUCUUAUCAGCUAUUAAUGAACAGUAUUAUCAAGACCGGAUCAGUUCUUACAAGGAUGAGUUGAUAUUCGUUGGUGUAAAAAUCGGGACAGAGAAUAUGUAUCAGCUCAUAAUUGAUUACCUUAAAUCUCUUGCUUCCUCUCCUAUGAGUAGGAAAUUGGCAAUUUCGCUUUUAAGGUUUAUUCGUUAUUCAAAGGCCAAUGAUAGUCUUGAUGAAGACUUGAUCAAAACUCUCAAAAAUGGGGAAAUGGCUGAGGACACAUCAAGCCAACUUAGUGGUUUUGCUGAUGAGCUCAAUUUGCUGGGUGUUGUAGUGGAUAUGGAAGAAGUAUACAAACUAAUUCCCCAACAUUUCAGAUUCCCUGGAGAUCUCUCCAAGUUUACUAAGGAUGCUGUCUUCCUGUUGCUUAAAUGUGUCCGGCAUAUAGGUCCUGCAGCUCUUGGCUUGAUACAAAAAAUCAGUUGUCAAGCUUGGAUCAAAACUAGUUCUGGUUUUACAUACCCCUCAGAAUCUCUUUUGUCCAAUCCCAAAUGGGUUCACUUACUUGAUAUUGUUCCUUUACCCGUCAUUGAUGAAUCCUACUAUGGAGACAGGAUUAGUUCAUACAAGGCAGAACUGAAGGCCAUUGGUGAACAUUGGUUGAAAACCUGUCAUGGCUAUAAAUCUGCUUCAGAUUGCAUUUUGUAUGAUUCCGAAUGGGCAAAAGUUUCUCACUUUGUUGAUCUGCCUCUCAUUGAUGAGGCCUUCUAUGGUGUUGAGAUCUACUCUUUCAAAGAUGAACUGAAGUUGCCAGGUGUUGUAAUUGAUUUCAGUGAAGGAGCUCAUUUUGUUGCGAGAGGUUUGAAGUUACCAUUAGAACAGUCAUUAGCAACAGCAGAGUCUGCUCUUGCAUUGCUUCAAUGUGUCACCUACUUACGAAAUAGUUGCAAGCCCUCUGAACAGCCACUGCCUGAACCUUUGUUGGAAAAAUUAAAAAGAGAGAAAUGGUUGAAAACGCACAUGGGGUACAGAUAUCCAGAUGAAGCUCUUCUUUUCAAUUCAGAGUGGGAAGGCCAUUUAGAAGAAUAUGAUGGACCUUCAUUGAUCAAAGUUACUAUGGGAAACUUAGUUCUCUGGGAAUAUGAUGGGGCUACAGGUGGAGGAAAAUGGGUGGGUAGUUGGGACUGUGUGCUUCAUGAUAGAGACAAUCUCUUUGGCCAUUGUGUACAUGCUCUUGAUAAAUAUUAUGACAAGCAAUUGCUCACUUUUCUGUCAACGGCUUUUGAAGUUGCUGAAUUUCCCACUCUUGAUAGAUAUAUUGAUCUCUGGGACGGCUGGGUGGGAGGUAAGCAACAAGCAUGCCCGGUAAAGUUGAACUCCUUUUGGAAUUACAUAUCAGAACACUGGAAUCCUUGUACUGAAAUGGCUCUCAAAAUUAGUAUGACCAUGUUACCUGCGAUGGAUAUCUCCGGGAAGGUCAUGUUAGUGGAGAAAGAAGAAUUGUUUAUCCCUGAUGACAUGCAUCUUAGAAUGGCAUUCACAGAAGCUAGUGAAAAGCCACUCUUUGUCUGCCUGAUAGGGAGAACAUUGAUGAAAAUACUAUUGGGUUUCCUAGCAAAUCCUCUAAUAGCCAUGCCAGCGGAGGAAAGACACAGGAGGGCAAAAUCUCUCCUUGAUAUCUCAGUUUUUGGAACAGAUGAACCGAUGAUAGUCAGCUACAGUUUGCUUUUACCUUCUCUUAAGAACAGAUUGCAAGUUGAAGUAAGAAGAAAGGUGCUCUGGGACACUAACUCCUGGAAAUUGCUGCUUCAUAGACCAAGCUGGAAAGAAGGGCACAAAGACAUCGAGUUCAUCACUCAUUUUGCUCAAUUCAUAUCAGAGACAGCUCUGCCAAAUAGCACUUCUCUUGCAGACAGCCUGUGCAAAAUUAUAAAGAUGGGCUUUGCAUUUGGUUUCAAAGAGGAUGAGGUUGACUUCUUGCUGGUCACAGAAAACCUAGAGCUGUCGAUUGAGGACAAAAAAUUCCUUGAUUCCCUAUUUCCUCCUGCCAAGUCUCCUGUUCCAAUGCAACUUCAGUCAUACUGCCUGAAAGCACCUUGUACACCUGAAACUUCCUUAUACAAAAAACCACGAAAUCCUCAGCGCAAGAAACACCGAUAG